GUCUGACCAUAAAUGAGCCAAUCAGCUGAACGCGCGAGAUCGAGGCGCGAAACAACAUAAACGGCGUCUAGUUACGACUCUCUCAAGUUCUUUGCUUAAUUAUAGUAUAAUUCGUUUUCUCGAUUUUUGUGUGUGUAAAACUGAGACUUAGUUGUCCUUUAAAUCUAAUUUAAGCUUCACGGGGUGAAAAUCCAUUUUCAUUCCUUCGCCAUUAAUCCUCCUCGACGGCUGGUCAGAAUCCAAGAUGUCGUUGAUCUACACUGAAAUAAAAGAGGAUUAUACCCUGAAGUGAUACACCUAGACACUGGAGCGAGUGAGACACAGAAGAAAUUACAAUGUGUUCUAUUCCUGGACUCCCAUCUGUGGGUUCAAAUGUACCCGUACUCAUUACCAGAGUAAAUCUGAACCCAGCAUGUGUUCUGGUAGAGUUUUGGGGGAAUUUUGAUCAAGACCGAAAAUUUGCUUAUCAGCAGCUGAAAAAGGAGAUUCAAUACCCCAGAGAAGGUUUUUGUGAAUUGGAAGGAAACCCUGGUGACUUGUGCCUCGUACGAGUGUAUGAAACAUGGUACAGAGCCCGUAUAGUGUCCAGAGAUACUGAAGAGUACAGCGUAUUUUUAAUCGAUGAAGGCAGAACACUGCAUGCCACUGUAAACACUUUAGCAUGGGGCAAAAGUGACUUUUUCUAUCUUCCCCCUGAAGUUGAAUUCUGUGUUCUUGCCAAUGUCCUGCCACUGUCUCCUGAAAACAAAUGGUCAGCAAUGGCCUUAGAGUUCAUGAAAACUUUCUGUGGUCGGAGAGUCAAUGCCACUGUCCAGGAUGUUCUUGUGCCCCAUCGAACAUUCCUACUUGACAUUCCUUGCCUGUCUAGACAGAUGUUUGAAAUGGGCUUUGCCAAGAAGUUGUACAGUGAUCGGUUUGAGGAGUUUGUUGCCAGAUCUUUGCAGACCAACAAUGGAACAGAAGAACCUCAGAGAAUUUCUCCCAUUAGGACCAAACCAAUUGAGAUCAUUGAGCAAAUGGAGAAGCAGCAGGCCUACAUGUACCCCGAGCUGCAAACUGAUACUGUUGAAACGGUUGUGGUCACAGAAGUUACAAGUCCUUUCAGAAUAUUCUGUCAGCUUAAGGUUUUCUCUCAGGAGCUGAAAAAGUUAACUGAACAGAUAACUCAUCAUUAUGAGGGAAGAGUUGGAUGUAAUUUUGCAAGACCUGAGAAUUUAGGCAGCCCAUGUGCAUCAAGAGGAAGUGAUGGCAAGUGGUAUCGUUCUGUGCUGCAACAGGUCAUGUCUGCCAACAAUGUGGUUGAAAUUUUGCAGGUUGAUUAUGGGAAGAAACUGUUUGUUCAAGUUGAGAACGUCAGACCACUUGCCCCAGAAUUCUUCAGGAUGCCUGUCAUAACAUAUGUGUGCUCCCUUCAUGGAAUAUCCGACAGAGGUAUUGGUUGGACAGCUUCACAGAUUGAUUAUCUUAAAUCUCUCCUGCUCAGUCGCACAGUGAUCGCCAAGUUUCAGUAUCAGAGCCUUUCUGAAGGUGUCCACUAUGUCACGCUUUACGGAGAGGAGAACACAAACAUCAACAAACUAUUUGAACUGAAACAGAAAUGUUCAUUGGAUUCUGAUAUGACCCUUUCAGAUUUUGCUGUUCAGAAGAGCCCAUUGCCUCAAAAGAGCAAGAUUUUGGAGACAACCGUUGCUGCACACAUUGAUGAAACCUACUCUGACCUUAAAGGGAACAAACCAGUCUUUUUCACAGAAAGUCUUGCACCUAACACGUCGCAUGUGGCUGUUGUACAGCAUGUUGAGAGCCCUGGAAAGUUUUGGAUUCAAACCCAGCAAUACGCCGAUGAAUUCAAUCAGCUAAUGAAUGACCUCAGAAAUCUGUUCAGUGAUCCAACAAGCACUGACGGAUUGAUAAGAAAGCCUGUUGUUGGUCUCCUCUGUGCAGCUAAAUCCCAAGAUGGUGUGUUCUAUAGAGCAGCCAUCUAUAAGGUAGUUGACAAGAAAGCAGAAGUUUACUUCCUCGACUAUGGCAACACUGAACUUGUUGAUUGUUUUGAUCUCCGACAGUUGCCUUUGAGAUUUCAGCAGCUGCCUGCUGUUGCAAUAAAGUGCUCCCUCUAUGGCAUUAAAUCCAGACUGAAUCAUUGGGAUGAGACGGCAACAUUGUUCUUUUUGAAACUCGUGGAAGACCGAGUACUUGAUUUGCAUGUAAAAGAAAAGCAUCAAGACACUCACAUGGUUCAGUUAGUGGAUCCGAGUUUAGAUGGAGAAAAUGAUGUGAGCAAGUUGUUGUGCAACUCAGAUUUUGCAGACAGUGAAAAGAGCUUUGUGGAUAAUUCUGCCACAAGAGCCUUUGGUUUAAAAACCACAAACACCUCUGGAGUAUACUUGACCGGAGCUCGGCCUCAAACGUCUUCCAGUUCUUCUGCCAUAACGGACAGUACAUCUGCUUUCAAGGAAUACUUGUUUCCCAUUGGAAGCUCACUGGAGGUAACUGUAUCCUACAUUGAGAGUCCAAAUGACUUCUGGUGUCAAAAAGCCAGAAAUGCAGCAUGUUUAGAAGUGCUAAUGCAAGACAUUCAGCGUUUCUAUGCUCAUAGUGAAUUUCAGCCACCUUUGGAAGCUGCUUGUGUUGCCCGUCAUCCUGAAACUGGGAUAUGGUACAGAGCCUUGGUGAUUCAAAAGCACCAAACACCUCAUGUUGAUGUCUUGUUCAUUGACUAUGGACAGACAAAGAAGGUUGCUGUUGAAGAUCUUCGAAAGAUCACGCCAGCAUUUUUGAAGAUGAAAGGACAAGCCUUUCGAUGCAGUUUGUAUAACCUGAUCCAUCCAGUAUCUCACUCCGCUUUAGACUGGAGCCCUGAAGCCACAUUGCAGUUUCAAGAGUUUGUUGACACAGCAGCGUCCAUGAAUGUGCCAUUAAAAUGCACCAUAUUUGCUGUAAUGUAUGACUCCCAGAAAGUUGUGUUCAAUGUGGUAGACUUGGAGACCCCAUUCCAAAGCAUUUGCAAUCUCCUUGUCCAAAGACGUUUAGCUGAUCGUGCACCCUCUAAGAAGGCUCCUCUUCCACCCUUUCGCCUGGACACCUACUAUUACUCCACACAUGGAGUCAAGACUGGAUGUGAAGAGGAAGUGAGUGUCACCUGUGUGAAAAGUGUCACUCAGUUCUUUUGCCAUCUUGCCAGGAAUUCAGAGGAAAUUGAGAAACUUUCAAACAAGGUCAACUCCCUAUGCCGUCAGCUAGAGGUAACCAAGUGUCCUCAGACUUUUGGAACAGUUUGCUUUGCAAAAUACACGGAUGGACUUUGGUACAGAGGCCAAAUAAAGUCUACAAAACCAUCAGUUCUGGUCAAUUUUGUGGAUUAUGGUGACUCAUUGGAAGUUGACAAGUCAGGCUUGCUUCCAGUUCCAAUUGAAGCAGGAGAGAUUAUGUCUGUCCCAGUGCAGGCAAUUGAAUGUGGGCUCUCAGAUAUGCCUGAAGAUGUGCCAUGUGAAGUGGGAAAUUGGUUUCAGAAAUUUGCGGACAGUCAUUGUUUCACUGCUUUGAUCGUCGCAAAAGACCCAGGAGGAAAGCUUUUGGUGGAACUUUAUGAGGGAAAAACUCAAGUGAAUGCACUGAUAAGACAGAAGUUUCGCAAUGAAAUCCCUAGAAAUGAAACGAGCCCAUUCAAAGGACAUAGUUCAAAGAACAGAAGUGCACAAAGUGGGUCAACCCAUAUGAAAGAAAGUUCCAGUGGUCUAAAGCGAGAUUUCGUGGAUCAAAUUCCACAGUCCCGUGAAAGUUAUGAAAUGCAGCAAGGUUAUGUUGAGUCAAAACAGCCACGGAGCAAAUGUGGAUUCCAUACAAAUGGUGGAUUAGAACCAACAAGAGAUUUUGGGACAGUGCAUAAUUCUCAGAAAAAGCUUGAACCACAAAGAAAGUCCAGUGAUAGAGCUGAUGUGCAUCCCCCUUGUACAUCUGACAAAAUCGAUGGUGGUAAGCUCAAGACUCCGGCUCUUCUUAACGAAUCGGCACUCCCAGUGAAAGUAAUAAAACCAGGUCUAGAAGCUGAGGUAUUCAUCUCUCAUUGCAACAGCCCUUGUAGCUUCUUUGUUCAGUUUGCAACUGAUGAGGAUGACAUUUAUUCGCUUGUGGAGAAAUUGAAUGCCGACCAGUCAAGGUGCGCCAACUUUGAUCCUAGUGAUAUUCAUGAGGGAGACAUGGUUUGUGCAAUGUUUCCUGAAGAUAACUCCUGGUACCGUGCAGCAGUAAGAAAAAACCAUGGCGACACAAUCAACGUUGAAUUUGUUGACUUUGGAAACACUGCUACAAUUUCUGCCUCAAAAAUUUGCCGUCUUGAUCAAUCCUUUGCUUCAUUUCCUAAGUACAGUAUCCACUGCUCUGUACAUAAACUGAAUGUUGACAGUGGAGACCAGGAACUUUCACCCAACUUUAAACAGGUAAUUGAACAAAACAUUGAAAAGGUCAUGUGCACAUUUGUGAAAAUGUCAGGCUCCAUUUGGGAAGUGAAACUUGAUGUUAAUGGUGUAGUGUUGGGAUCUACCUGCAGGGAUGAUGCUGCGCCAGCAGCUGAGCUUACGACCCCAGGUAACAAGCAGACAUCUGAAAUCAUAGUCUGUACCCGUUACAAGAACCCUGACGUAUCAGCUGGUCAAAUGAUCACUGGAUACACCUCACUGAUCAAGGGUCCUCAUCUCUUCUGGUGCCAAUAUGCAACAACAGAGAAACUCCAAGAUAUUUCAGAUGUUUUACAGAAUGCUGGUAAUGCAUCAGAAAAUACUUUGAGUGAGGAAUCUCUGCCAAUUGGAAGUGCUUGCAUUGCUCUUUUCACUGAAGAUAAUCUGUGGUAUCGAGCUAAAGUUACAUCUAGGGACCUUGACACACUCUCCAUUACCUUUGUAGACUAUGGAAAUGAAGCAAAAGUCAAUAUCAGUGAUGUUAAAGCCCUUCCACCCGAGCUAUCAGACGUGCCCCCUCAGGCCUUCGACUGCCAGCUUGAAGGUUUCGAUCUUUCCAAGGGUUUCUGGGCUGAAGAGGCAGAUGAUGCAUUCUUUGAGCUUGUUAAUGACAAGCUUUUAAAUAUCACUGUUGAGAAAAUGGGUAACUCUGAAAUGCCAUACUUCAUCAAGCUGGAUUAUAAUGGUGUUGUCAUCAAUGAUACCAUGAGAAGCUACUGGAAAAGUCAAAGUCCUGAAACUUCAUCUGUUGAACUCUUGAGUGGAGCAAAUGUGGUCUCCAUCGAUGCCUCUGUGGAUGCUGAAGUUAAUAUUGACUCUGUAGUUAUCCAUGAUUCAGACACUAACCAUGCUGACAAUGAGACAUGCACCUCACUUCUCGAAAUACAGCAUUCUGAACAAGAGCAGCUUGAUUUACUGACAAGUUCAAAAGUUGGAACUGAAGCUCAGGAUAAGCCAAUCAAGAUGGUUACUGAUGUUUCUUCACUUGAUGCAGCGAGUAUAGUGGCCUCUGAUGCACAAGAGGACCUUGAAACCAUAUGCAUCAUGGAAGGUGCUUCAGCUUUCACUUGUCCAUCAGAUGCAACAAACCAGCUUGCUUUUGCUAAAGAGACAGACCCAAUUCCUUCUCCUGUAGUUUUGCCACAGCACUCCGAGGGAGCUACACCUAGUAUUUCCUCAGAGAAUGAAGAUAGCUUUUUGAUUAAUAACACCGAUUCUCAGUUAUGCGCUGAGGCACCAGAGUCACCUUCAUUUGAGAUCAUUCAAUCAGACUUGGGCUGUUUAAGGCGAGCAACUGAGAAAAAGCCUGCUGGGUCAGAAUGUGUGAUCUGGUCUCAUGUAAGAAGAAAAUGGUGCAGAGCACAAAUUUUAAAAAGUUCUGAAGAUGCUGCAUUGGUGUUGAUUGUAGAAUAUGAUUCUGAGGUGGUAGUAGAUCCUUUCAACAUCUUUGAAAUUCUGCCAGACGAGCCAUUGCAGACAUCAUGCAGUGAAGCUGUAGUUCAAAGUGAUGAAGUAACCCAGGAGAUACAGACUGAAUCGAAUAAUAGUACUUCAAAGGCAGAAGAUACAGAAUAUGAACCUGUAGUCACCUCAGAAUCAGAAGAACCAAAGGGUGACGAGAAACAAAUUGAACAAAUGGAUCCAGGUGAUGAACAUGCAGACCAGCCUGAAGUCACAGGGUUUGUGUCCUGCUCUGCUGUUGAAGACUCUGAGGUCUUAGAUUCGCUGGGGGAAGGUGAACAAGUGCACGAUCUUGUUCAAGUACUGAAUCCUGAACGAGUAGAAAGCAAGGAUCCACAAGAGGAUUUAAGUACUUCAGCUGGGGAGCAAAGAGAAGAACCUGCCAACAUGAGCACUGGAGUGGAUUUGCUGAUGGAUUUCCUUGAUGUGACUCCCCAUGAAAAGGAGGUGUGCGAGACUGAGUUUGACACAGACUUGCUUGAGGAGUUUAAUAAUGUUACUGAAGAUCUUAUUGUACUUACCAGUGAUGGAACGGAGUCCGACACUGCAUCCGAUGGCACGCUUCAGGGAGAUCCACUUACUCCAGAAAUGAUCCAUGCUGAUGCUGAAGAAUCUUCAUGUUUACAAGAAAAGUCAGAUGCAUCUGAUUGCACCAGCGCUGAGGAUUCAGGUGUAACUCAUCUGAUCCUGAAGGUUGAGGAUGCAUCUGACGAUGAUGUCAUUUUUGUUGCUGUUUUGCAAGAAUCCCAGGCAGAAGUAUUUGAGCCAGAGAGUGAAAAUGAAAAACAGAAGAUUGACUAAUGUAAACCUCUUAGGAGGCUAGUUACUUUAUGUAAUGUUUUUUUUUGUGUUUGUUUUGGUUAAUCACAUUUAUAUUGCCAAUAGCUUGAUGUAUUAAGCGUUUUUGUCUAAUAUCAUAAACCGCAUAAUAGCAACAAUAAGCACUUCUGCUUGUUCAUAGAGUAGAGCUGUAGUUUUGUUUUCUCCUUACAUUACUGUUCAUUGAUUUCUCUUUACAGAUGAAGGCUGUUUUGUGUUUUCAGUUAUUACUCAGCCUUUAGUUGUAUUCCUUAUUGGAUUUUGAAACAAUGUUUCUAAAUUGUACAUUAUCCAGGGAUUUUGUUGCUUGUUCAAAUGCUCUUAAACAUUUACAUUCUGGUGAAAAAGCAAUUUGCUACAUUUUGUGCUAACUU